GUUUUAUCCACUAUGCCCAAGGUGGUGCUAACCUAUCAUCUCUGACCAGGUUCCAUCCCUCUCAAAAGUGUCUUUUGCUCAUGACGACGUCACUGCUCACCUCGUCACUGGUCUCUUACCAGAAUGACGGCAACGGCAUGUGACCCCUUCGGAUCUGGGGAGCUUCAUAAAGCGACGUUAUCCCCUUGAUUCUAUCAUUGUCAAAACCAAUUACCAUCAGCAUCAAAGACUACAGAUACUCGUUCUCUGAAGACGAUCCCGAAGCGUACCAUAGCCAGCGAAAUGACGACCCUCAAUUACUUGCCAUCCGUGAAGCCGUCCGCAAUCGCAGUCGGCGCGAUCUUCACGCACACUGCCUCACUAGGCAUUCUCGCCCCAGUCUUUGGCGAUACUUACCAUCGUGCCCAAGCUGCCAAUUCAAAGGAAGAGUUCUUCAAGUCUAAGGAGGCUGCUGGUGCUGCAGCAGCCUGGGGUAGCUCUCUGGUUGGCAGUGCUGUACAGACCUACGGCGUGGCGGCAUUGAUCAAUGCAACGGGGACUCUUAGUUAUAAGGGUGCAGCCUAUCUGGGAAGUUUGAUCUUUAUGGCCAGUGCAGCUCCAAGUGUAAGUCUAUUGAUGAUAUCGCAUGCUACGACUUUGGUCUAAUUGAUUGUGAUCGUUCCAGGUCAUCAGCCAGAUCUUCACAGAGAAACGCCCCCUCGACACAGUGGCAGUGGGCGCUGUCGGCAGGGUCUUUGAGACAGUAGGACUCAGUCUAUUCCUUACCUGGUGGGGCACGCGUACCAACCCUUUCGCGUGAGGAAU